AUGUUCGCUAUCCAUGGUCGAGCGGCUUCCUCGUCCCUAUCAUUGCUCAUUCUCACCGGUCUAUUCUCACUCAACUCCGCCAAGCCCAUCACGAUCUCCUCGGAUAGUUACUUCCUUCAUCGUAUCAAACUUGACAAGAUACUACUCUGUCCCACAGACAUGGUCGAGACCGCUCGCAACGCCACUAAUUGGCCCGUUGAUUCCGUCACCAUCCCUGACGACUCACGCUGUAUGACCUACAACGAUACCUUUAAAUACCCUGUAGGAACUAUCAUGGCUGGUGACCAUCGAGACUGCCUCGGUGAGCUUAUCAAUGGGGCUACUCUGACCAUGCGGAAGCUCGGGGUAGAUCCUUUCAUGACUGGAAUGUCUUUGGCAAAAUUGCCCCCGUGGGUGAACUUUGCUGAGGCUGGGAUGGACCGGAGUCAGUGUGAGUCGGCGUUCGCUGAGAUGCACACUAAGAACAGCAUCGGUGCUCCCGCCGGGAUUUGA